AUGCCUUCCGCCAGAUCGGAAGGAUCGCCGGCUCUCAGCAUCGCCCUCGCUGGCUCGAGCAAGCGCGUUUUCCAAGCGGGUGAUACUAUCAUUGGCAAAGUUGUGCGUCGCCAGCACAUCGUUGUCCCCGACUGUCGAGUCACAAUCCGACUUCUCGGCCGUGCCAAAACCAAGAUUGUUGAAACUAGAAGUACCGGCAAUGGCGGCUCACGGCACGAAACGUAUCGCAGCCGCUACAACUUCUUUGGCUAUCACGCCCCUGAGACAUCUCAGGUCAUACACUCAGGACCGCUACAUGUGGCCGCCGAACAAGCCGAUGCGACCGAGUUCCCCUUUGCCGUAACAAUACCUACGCACCCUUCCAGGCAGCUUUCGCGUGAAGCCGAUCCGAACAGCUUUCUCCCCACAGAUGUCGCCUCAGUCACUACACAGCUACUGCCUCCCUCAUAUGCAUCAUAUCAUCACCAUAAUGAAGGCUAUGUAGAAUACUGGCUCGAAGCACAGCUCACACCUGGUCCGGGAACAAACAACAAGGCCGUCACCCCGGCCCAUUCGACCCAGCCUAUUCUUUUAGGAGCACCACGGACGCUCGAGCCUGCACCCAGGAUGGUCAAAACAUGUUCCUCGCCGCCGCAUUCCAUCACGUCCUACAAGCUUAUUCCCGAAAUGGAUCAAGUCGAACUUACACUCAAACAAAAGAGCAAGCAGUUCUUCCACGCAUCCAGCGUCCCGACGCUCUCAUACUCAAUACACAUGGGCCUUCCUGUUGCAAUGCAACUGCAGGCGCAUGAGAGCAUCCCGCUGACUCUGCGUUUAUCGCCUACCGCAUCCGAAAUACACUGUCAUUCGUGCGGGGCUUUGAACUCGCUGCCCACUCCCAUGGUCGUUGACAUUAACCCUGAUGGCGAGCGCAUUGAUCUUGGGCCCUUUUUUGAUAUACGUCUAUCUGAAUUGGGCUUUUGCAGCGGCAACGGGAGGCUGGCGGCCAACUGGUUACCAUUAGCGUCACAAGUUGGUUGUGAUGAAAUGAACGAUCUCCCUCAGACACUUUUUUGUUGCGACCGGGAAGCCUAG